AAAUCCCUACAUAAUGGUUAAAAGCAGGGUGGAUCCUGGCCUGGACCCUGGAACAGAAGGACACUCUUGGGAAACUGCUGAGCCCCGAGCCCCACCUGGAGCUCAGUUAGUAGCAGUGCACCAGUGGAGGCCACACAGGCGCGACUGUGGGGGACACUGGGAGGAAGUCCGUGGGGCUGCCUUUGCACUUGUCCACAAAUCUAAAACCAUCUCAAAAUCAGUGGUCCUUUAAAAUAUAUUUACAGGAAGGAUAUCAAGGGGAGGGUGUCCCAUGGACAGGUGGGCCAGCAUGGGAACUCAGCCAGUCGGGGAACAGAGACGCGCUGAAGAAUGGGGAGCUCUGGGAGCAGGCAGGGAGGUGGAACUGUGGGCAGGUCCCAGUAGGGGUAGAGCAGCUCCAUAAGUAUCUUAAAGAGCAUGGAGGCUCAGUUUCUUACAGUCGGAGAAUGGAGUUACCAGGACCACAAGAGAAAAUUAGAAUGAGCCCAGAGUGCUGAACUGGGAACGAGGACGUCCUGCUCACAGCUGGCCUGCCGCCUCCUGUGUCAGGGCCGGCCCGGGAGUCAGGAGAGGCUGAGGAAGCCGGGAUUGGGACGUAGACUCUCCUGAGGGGAGUGGCGCUGCUGGGACUGGGGCCCACGUGGGAGGGUAUAGGGAGGGGCUGUUGGUCAUGGCCAGUCUCCAUGGCACCCUGGUUCUGGAGGGGACACCAUUGUCUGUGGGAAACACACAUGGAAUGUUCUGGGUGUAGGGAAGUCCAGUCGGCGACUGACUCAAGUGAUUCAGGAGGAAGUUCUUUGUACUCUUCUUCCAACUUUUCUGGGAUUGCCUCAGAAUUAAAGCAGAAUGGUCAAGGACUCCGCAGAGGUAGUGACCCCCCAAAGGAGGUGGCACCUUUUUGGAGGAGUGAGGCCCAGGAGAGGGAGGCGUCCGAGGCACUGCGAGGGAGGAGGCGGGCGGUGUCCCCUCGUUGUGCUCCCGCGCUGGCCUCGUGUUGAGUUUUCAGCCAUCUCCUUCUGUACACACCUCACGUAGUCAGGACGGGGAGCGCCUUGUAAGGUCCCUCCUGUGGGACCUGCUGAAGAAUGGGGAGCUCUGAAAGCAGGAGGGCAUUUGUGCUCAUGGUGAAGGGAGGGACUGUCCUCUCCUGGAGGGCAGGGUCAGUGACUUCCUCACUGUGCCCUUGGCACCUGCAAGGUAGCUGGCUGUCAUAAGCGGUGGAGUGAGUGACGGCUUAAAUGAGGCUUUGAGAGUGACAGUAGCUGGCACUUAGAGUCUGCAGCUGUGCUGACCCUGUCACCCCAGGGGUGUUUCCACCCACACCACACAUCAGGCACCAAAUGUGUGGGUUUUCCACACCAACAAUUGGCCAGUCCUCUGCAGACACCAGCCAGGCAUCCUGUAAUUCAGUUCACUCUGACCCUGCCGUGGUGAUCACGGACCCCGGGGUUAGGGGCUCAGUCACACCAACCUGCCCCCCACUUCAGAUGUUGACCGCAAGUAGUGGGUCCCUGGGGUACCCACACUUCUGUCCAUCUUGCUACACAUUGGGGGUUCCUAUGACCCCUUCAGGUUUGAUGAUUUGCGGGAGUGGCUCACAGAACUCAGGAAGGCACUUGGUUUGCAUUGCCAGUUUACUAUAAAGGAUGCCACAGCGGGCACAGGUGGGCAGCUGGGUGAGGAGGGGCACGGGCGAGGCCCAGAGGGUCCUGAGCACAGGAGCCUUUGUACCCAGCGAGUUCUGUGGCUGCCCUCACAGCACAGGGAUGAGUUCACCAAACUGAAAGCUUUCCCAAGCCCCUCGUUCAAGGAUUUCCAUGGAGGCCUCAUCAUGGAGACAUGAUCAAUUAUGAACUCAGCCUCCAGCCCCUCUCCCGUUUUUGGAUGGUGGGGGUGGGGCUGAAAGGCCCAGGCUUCUCAUCAUGGCUUGGUCUUUAUGAUGACCAGCCCCUCCCAAGGCCAUCCAGGAGCCCACCAAGAGGUGCCUCAUUAGAACAGAAGACUGUCCUGUCACCCAGGAAGUCCAAGGGCUUUAGGAGCUCUGUGCCAGGCACCCCUAUCACCGCUGUCACUCAGGAAAUUACCAGUGUUCUGAGAGCUGUGUGUCAGGAGCCAGGAGCAGAGGCCAAGUGUAUGCUUCUCAUUCUAUCAGUGCCACAGCCAGGGCUGCUGUUGUGCAGCCAUGUGGAUCAGCUCAGCCCGUCCUCACCCAGCCCUGUCCUUACAAGUGAGGAGGCUGAGGCCACACAGGUGCGUGGCCUUCCCUUAGAGUUGCUUUCCAGAGCCUGGGUGCUUAGCCGCUAUGCUCCAUGUUUAAUAUUCUUGUGUUCCAAUAUAACAACUUGAAAAUUACACAAGAUAACACACUUGAUAACAUUUGAAUAAAUGGGUGUUUUUCAAGAAAUUUUGACUUGCACUUCAGAUUUCCUUUUUAAUAUUUUCGUUGAGCGGAUACUUGCUAUUCCAUAAGAGGAUAUGUCCAGUGUUGUGGAAGAUUUAAUGUUUUAAAUCCUUUGUACAGAAAUCCUGCUCCCAAGUCACGGAUAGGCUGACGGGUCAGAGGACAAGACGUGACUGCGGGCCGAGAGGGUGAGUGGCCAGGAAAGUCAGACCCAUCAGUUUACUGGUUUGUUUGAGAAACAUGCAUGGAGACCUGCUGCAUGAGAUCCUCCUCUUCCGUGUCUGUUUCAUGCCCAGGAUUAAACCAAGUAUCUCAUUUUGCCAGUCUGACUUCUGUAGGGGCCAUGACACCUGCAAGGCUUUUCUCAGCAAGAUUGAGGACCGUGUUUGAGGACGUGGGGCAUUGGGCUUUGUCCACAUGGGCUGGCCUCAAGCCCAGCCGGCGACUGCCACAGCAGGCUUCUCCCAGGCUACUCUCGGUCGGCCAUGCGGACCACGCCAAGCAUCAGGAACUCCCGGGGAAGAAGCCGCUCUCUGAGAAAAAGCUGAAAAGGUAUUUUGUGGACUGUCGGAAAGUGCUUGUCUGUGGAGGAAACGGAGGCGCCGGGGCAAGCUGCUUCCACAGUGAGCCCCGCAAGGAGUUUGGAGGCCCUGAUGGAGGGGACGGAGGCAACGGCGGACACGUCAUUCUGAGAGUUGACCAGCAAGUCAAGUCCCUGUCUUCAGUCCUGUCGCGGUACCAGGGUUUCAGUGGAGAAGACGGCGGCAGUAAAAACUGCUUCGGGCGCAGUGGCGCCGUCCUCUACGUCCAGGUCCCCGUGGGCACGCUGGUGAAGGAGGGAGGCAGAGUCGUGGCUGACUUGUCUUGCGUGGGAGACGAGUACAUCGCCGCACGGGGCGGGGCAGGAGGGAAAGGCAACCGCUUCUUCCUGGCCAAUGACAACCGUGCCCCUGUGACCUGUACCCCUGGACAGCCAGGACAGCAGCGAGUUCUCCACCUAGAGCUCAAGACGGUGGCCCACGCCGGGAUGGUGGGAUUUCCCAAUGCCGGGAAGUCCUCACUGCUCCGGGCCAUUUCAAACGCCAGACCUGCCGUGGCUUCCUACCCGUUCACCACCCUGAAGCCCCACGUCGGGAUCGUCCACUAUGAAGGCCACCAACAAAUAGCAGUGGCCGACAUCCCUGGCAUCAUACGAGGCGCCCACCAGAACAGGGGUCUGGGGUCCGCCUUCCUCAGGCACAUCGAGCGCUGCCGCUUUCUCUUGUUCGUGGUGGAUCUUUCUCAGCGUGAGCCGUGGACUCAAGUUGACGAUUUAAAAUAUGAACUGGAGAUGUAUGAAGAGGGCCUGUCUGAGAGGCCCCACGCAAUCAUCGCAAAUAAGAUUGACCUCCCUGAAGCCCGAGCCAAUCUGUCCCAGCUCCGGGAUCACUUGGGACGGGAGGUCAUUGCGCUGUCAGCGCUGACUGGCGAAAACCUGGAACAGCUGCUGCUGUACCUGAAGGUGCUGCAUGACGCCUACGUGGAGGCCGAGCUGGGCCAGGGCCGCCAGCCGCUCAGGUGGUAGCCGCGCCAGAGCGGGGUCGCCUCUGGGCCUCCGUCUGAGCAAACCUGGGUGUGAACGCGGUGGCUUUGAAUGCAUAAAGAAAGUGCCUCGUGGACACAUGGGAAUUGUGGUGCUUCUGGGUCUCCGGGGCCCCGCCUGCUGGCCUGGGAUGCCCUCAGGUGGGGGAGCAUUCUGUGCCCCCAGCCCGCCUGCCCUCCGUAUUGCCUGCGUCUGUCAGCGUGUGCCGACUGAUUAGCCAGUUGGCUCGUUUGUGCUGAUUAACACCCCUAAUGAGGGGUUGGGUUGCCCGUGACGGGGUAGCCCUGCCGCUGACUCGGGUCUCCGCCGUGCAUGCAUGGACUCUUGGGUGAGCUCAGCAGAACCGCACAGUCAGAGCCCCAGGUCAGAGGUGCAGACCCCGGUUCUUAGCACAAUGCCCAUCAUGCUUCCAUGGCUUGCUACGGAGAGAGACCUCUGGAUCCACAUUGGGGUUGGGUCUGGCCCGUUGUCCAGCAGCCCUAUGGUACAGCAAGCCCAGGCACCAGUGUCUCACUCAGCGAGGCUCACUCUUGCCCAAGGGGUGGGGCCGAGGACGCAAGUCCAGGCAGAGCAGCGCAGGCAGCUGUGUCCUUUUCUCCAUCAGCCGUCUGAGAAGAGCAGUGAGGCCAGCUUCUUCCUGUCCUUCAGAACGCUGCACUGUGCUCGGUGGGAGCCAGGAAGCCUCAGGCUUCACGACUGAAUGCACCCAAUAUCCGACCUGGCUGUGUGUUUCUGGCUGGGCUGCUGUGUGCACAGCAAGUUAACUAAAGGGGGUGUGGGCCAUGGAACUGUCAGCGUUAUUCCCGGAAGGCAGCCGUGGCCUGAGCAGGGUGUAGUGAGGAGUGGAAGGAGACGUGCCUAGAAAUGUGGGGCAGAAUUUCCACUCGGCUCUGUUUGCUGGGGAUUUAAAGAGAAUCUUGUGCUGCACCAGGCAGUUGCCAAGCCGAAGGGAGACCAUGGGCAUCCCUCGGUGGGACGGGAGCUAAGGGAGCCUUGCGUUUGCCCCUCGAGGCUGCCGCAUCACCUUUUCUGUCCAUGGUUUAAGUCUUUGCAGUCAGGUAUUGAUGCAUCUGAGCCAGGCCCAUGUCUGGUGUCUCCCUGACUGCAGAGGGGCCACAGGGCAAGGACAGCUCAGCUGCUGGCAGCCUGCCUGUCCCAUAGACGCCCCCCAAGUAGUCUCUGACCUCUGACAUGUCCCUGAGGGACCCCUAAGAAAGAAAGUGGAGAGGACACUCCAGAGGCUGACAUGGGAGGAUCGCGUGAGUCUGAGAGGUCGAGGCUGCAGUGAGCUGUGAUUGCACCACUGCACCCCAGCCUGGGUGACACAGCGAGACCCUGUCUCAAAAAAAAAGAAAAAGAAAAACAGAGCAUCCUGGGCGCAGUGAUUCACGCCUGUAAUCCCAGCACUUUGGGAGGCCGAGGCGGAUGGAUCACGAGGUCAGGAGAUCGAGACCAUCCCGACUAACACGGUGAAACCCCGUCUCUACUAAAAAUACAAAAAAUUAGCCGGCCAUGGUGGCGGCGCCUGUAUUCCCAGCUACUGGGGAGGCUUAGGCAGGAGAAUGGCGUGAACCCAGGAGGUGGAGCUUGCAGUGAGCCGAGAUCGCGCCACUGCACUCCAGCCUGGGUGACAGAGCGAGACUCCGUCUCAAAAAAAACAACAACAAAGUGGAGAGGACAAAAAAGCAGAGAAGGAUGAUCAGAGGGGGACCCUCAGCCCUUCGAGGACAGACAGCAGCCUCAGGUGAGAUUAGCCACAAGGGUCCUGGGCCGCUUCUCUGCACGCUGGGGUGGGGCGCACCUUGCACAGUAGGCCAGCGCCUGGGCUUUCAAGAAGAGCAAUUCCGUUUUGAUCUCACAUCAAAUCUGCAGCUAGAACAUGACAGUCCUUUUACCUGAAGCUUUAUUUUAAUGUCUUAUAAUUUCAAAGGUCCUUCUAUCCUAGAAACCAGAGAUGGGUUUUGCAUCUAUUUGCUUUUUCUUUCAGGCCACCACAAAGGAUUUUGUGGAGUCAACCCAGGCCUGAGAGCGUUAAUUAUCCCUGGCUUUCAUCUUUAUGCUCUUGCAGGGGGUUGCUCAAAAUGCCUCGUGGCUCGACCUCUGCACGGAGCCCCUAGCCCAGCCUCCCCAUGGGUUGAAACCUUGAUCUAGGCCUGACUCUGGGUGCUCUGGGGACAAGCCCUCGUCCUUGCUGAAGCUGAGGCUCCAGAGGGGGAGUCACCGCCACGAAGGUUGCCCAGAACUUUCCUUGCUGCAGAAAGCCCCAAGACUUCUCCCUGCCCCACACACAGCUUUUGCCGUCGCGUUCUAGAAGCUGACAGCUUUCUCUCCAACGCUGUUCUCCCUGGGUAUGGUAAAGCUACACUUGGCCCCCCAGGAGCUUCCUGCCUAGAAACAAAUUUUUGCCACUCUGCUUUUCAAAUGGGAUAUAUGAUUCAUAUACCAUAAAAUUCACCACUUUAUAUAA